AUGCUGUUUCCGGAGGACGCAAACUUUUCCAAACCUGUAGCCGGUGGUAUCUUCGAGCGAUUAAAAGUGCCGUACACUUACAAAUCGGAAUGUUUCCAAUUCGCAAAGAAAGAUUUCUCCAAACAGUUCGCUUUCAUCUAUGCGUCCCGUUUGGAGGAGAUGUUGAAGCUGUUGGAGAAUAGUGUGCAGAAAAAGUGGGGCAGCGAAAUGCCGAUCAAACGAUUGGCCGAUCUGCGUGAGGACGGUCCCCAGAAGUGUGUUAUUAUUGGAACACUAUUUAAGCAUCAGGAACUAAAACCGAGCAUUUUGCGGGAAAUAUCGGAAGAAAAUCAACUGGCUCCUCAACCACCCCGCUCGCACUACACGAACGACAAUGAUAUACUGAUACUGGAAGAUGCUUUGCAGCGUAUCAAGCUCGUGGGCAAGAUAGAUGUACAUUCCGUUGUUACGGGAGUGGUGUGUGCCGUCAUGGGAUAUGAAGAAAGCGACGGACGAUUUUUCGUGGAGGAUCUUAUUUUCUAUGAGGGAGGCCCGCAAAAAGAACUACAACCUUUAGAAACAUCUCCAUUACUCGUUUUGAUGUCUGGAUUGAAUCAGACCGCUGCAAAUGAUUUUUCCCCUGCGCUGGAACUGCUGCAACAGUGGGUGUUUGGUAAUCUAGAAGGGCUCGUCGAAGGAGGAAACGAUUGGGAAGCGGCCAGCAUUGUGCGCAUCAUCAUCGCCGGCAAUUCGGUGAAGGCAAGCGCUAAGCUUAAAAAUCAUCUCCAAUCGAAAGUCAGCAACGAAACGGAUGCUCUUCUUGGUGCGGUAAAAUCCGUCGACUCGUUGAUACACAACCUUGCCCAAUCGGUCCCGGUCGAUCUGAUGCCGGGUGAGUUCGAUCCGGCCAAUCAUAUGCUGCCCCAACAACCGAUGCACCAUUGUCUGUUUCCACGUUCGGUGCCGUUCAGCUCCUUCAAGGGUGUAACCAAUCCGUACGCCUUUGAGCUAGCCGAUCGUUACGUGAUCGGAACGUCCGGACAGAAUGUGCUGGAUGUGAUGCGUUACUCCAAGAUCGAGAACCCUCUGGAAGCGUUACGGGCAACACUGUGCUGGAGUCACAUUGUACCGACAGCGCCGGAUACUUUGCCGUGCUACCCGUACUAUCAGCACGAUCCAUUCAUCAUCGGUGAGUGUCCGCACGUAUACUUUGCCGGGAAUGUGGGUGAAUUUGGCACGGAACUGUGGACGGGUGCUAACGGACAAAAGGUGCGGCUGGUUUGUGUGCCUUCGUUUUCGGAAAAUCAAAGUAUUGCCGUCGUAAAUCUGCGAACGAUGGAGUGCCGUAAGGUUCGCUUCAAAAUGGAUGGGUUAGAGGGUGGAGAGGAGUGA